AGAUGGCUUCCAAGAAGAAAGUCAAAACACGUGUGAAAGAUGUUGGUCUAGAUAUCAAGACUGUCAGUGAGCUAGGUGGAGAUAAGAAUGAUGUUCAAUUGUUGGAAGGAAUAGAUGAGAAUGAUGAAGAAUUAAUUGAAGAAUUUGAUGAAGGCGGACAUGAAGAUGGCAUAAGAAGAGAUGAGAUCCUGGAUUUUAUCAAGAAACUAGGAAUUCCAGAACAGUUUGCUAAGGAUGAGCCAGAAGAGGACAGGGGAAAAGAAAAGAAAAAGAAGAAAAAGCUUGCGGUAAUGCCAGAAGCAGAGGAGAAUGACAUGCAAGAAAAAUCAACAGCAGAAACAAAGAAAAAGAAGCAGAAAAACAAAUACAAAAUUCAGCAUGAAGAGAUUUCUAGCACAACGUCAGACUUACAGACAAUUAAAGGUUGGAGUCUUAAAACCCAUUUGUCAUCAUAUACACCAAGAUCCUUCCUUCUCAUCAAACCAGGCCAGCGGAGCCUAGAAGAAGAGGACAGUGAGGAAGGAUCGUCUUUAUCAUCUGAUUUAGAAAAACAGCUGGAAUCUUUUGCUUCCAAACUAUUGGAGGAUGAAGUAUCAGUGUAUCUCAAACAGCGAGAGAAGUCUAAGAAGUCAGAGACAAAGUGGAUUAAGACAGUCCUGACCACUGGCACACUGACAGACAAGGUGGCAGCAUUGACCCUGCUGGUACAGGAAUCCCCAGUCCACAACCUCCAGAAUCUGGAGGGACUUGUUAACAUGUGCAGGAAGAAGAACAAGAGGGAGAGCAUGAUUGCUGCUGACACAUUAAAGGACCUUUUCAUUACAAAUUUAUUACCAGACAGAAAGUUGAGACUAUUUGACCAGCAUCCUUUAGGAGACCUGGGAGAUGUUUCUGGAGGAAAUAAAGACACAAUUGACAGAAAACUCCUCAAAUGGUUAUAUGAACACAGGCUUAAGGAGAAGUAUUCAUCAUUCAUACAAGCUCUAGAGGUGAUGUCAAAGGACAAUAUUUUGGCCACAAGACAGAAAGCAUUAGGGAUAUUCUUUCAAUUGCUGGCAGAAAAACCAGAGGAAGAAAAGGUGUUGUUGGCAUUACUCGUAAAUAAAGUAGGAGAUCCGGAGUACAAGGUAGCAGCCCAAGCCUCACAUCUGUUGACAAAGCUUGUGGAUAAACAUCCAAACAUGAAGAUGGUGGUAACUAAGGAAGUGGAACAGCUGUUAUACCGACCCAACAUCCCAGUCAAAGCACAAUAUUAUUGCAUCUGUUUUAUUAAUCGUCUGUUGUUGAGUCACGAAGAGAAGGAUCUCGCUGUGAAACUCAUCAGACUCUACUUCUCAUUCUUCAAGUCAUUUGUAAACAGAGGAGAAAUUGAUAGCAAGAUGAUGAGUGCCCUCCUAUCAGGUGUAAACCGUGCCUAUCCUUAUGCUAAAAUGGAGGCAGACUACAUCAGUGAUCAGAUGAAUACUUUGUACAAGAUCAUCCACACAGUAAACUUUAACACUAGUGUCCAGGCUCUAAUGCUGAUCUACCAGGUCAUGGACUCCAGUGAAAACAUCUCUGACCGAUACUAUGUAGCCUUGUAUAAGAAGUUGUUGGAGCCUGAAUUAAAGAACACAGCAAAGCAGGCCAUGUUCUUGAAUCUUCUUUUUAAAAGUAUGAAGAAAGACAGUGUAGAGAGAAGAGUAAAGGCCUUUGUGAAGCGACUUUUACAAGUCUGUUCCUACCAGCCUGUGCAGUUUGUUUGUGGAGCUCUUGUACUUCUUGGAGAACUGAUGAAGGUUCACAAAGGCAUCUUAACAUUGGACCAUACAACAGAAGAGGACUCUGAUGAUGAAGAGCACUAUGAAGAUUUACCUGCCCCUGAUGAGAGUGAAGCAGACGACACAAGUAGCUCAGAAAGCAGUGAUUCAGAGGAUGAGCAGAAGGGAGCAAAGUCAAAAGUGAAGUCCUCCUGGGUUCACAAAAACCUUAAAAACUCCGGGUUCACAAAAGCAGCUGAGUAUGACCCUCAACACAGGAAUCCACUGUACUGUCGAGCAGACUCGGAGUGUGUUUGGGAAUUACAGAAACUUUCUCAGCAUUUCCACCCGACUGUAUCAUUGUUUGCAUCAAACCUUCUCAAGGGUGAACAUGUUAGGUAUACAGGAGACCCUCUGCAGGACUUCACCAUUAUCAGAUUCCUGGACAGAUUUGUAUAUAAGAAUCCCAAAAAGCCGGAAACAUUCACAGAAAUGCAGGGUACCUUGUCCCGGUCAAAGUUCAACACUAAAACAACUAGACUAAAGGGAGUGAAGAAAGUCCCUGUUUCCAGUGAGGAAUAUUUACAGAAAGCAGAGAGUUACCUUCCAGCAGAGGAAAUAUUCUACCAUAGAUUCUUCAAGCAGAAAGCAGAAAAAGAGAGGAAAAGAAAAGAACUGGAGGAAGAGGAGGAGGAGAGUGAUGAGGAAGUCAGUGACACAGAGUUUGAUGAGUAUCUCGAUACAUAUGAGAAACAGUUUGAAGGUGGUGAUAUUGGUGGUAACUUCAGUGGUUCAGACAUAGACUUUGCCAGUGCUGUGGGCAUGAAGGCCACAAAGAAAGGCAAACUGGUGAUGGAAUCUGAUGAUGAAGACGUUAGUGAGGAGGAGGAUGAUGAUAUGGAUCUGUCUGAUGAGGAGAUGAACUUUGAACAUGAUGAGGAUUUUGCCAAGGAAUUCCAGGAGUUUGAUGCUGAUAUUGAAGAUGGUGUGGAAGAGGAGGCCAGUAGUGCUGAAGAUGAAUUUGUGGAAUUAACACAGAAGAAGAGAGCUUUAAAACACAAGGUCAAGUCAGCUGCUGUUACUGUUGGCAAUAAGAAAAUGAAAAAAUCUGACAAAUUUGACUCCAAUCUAUUUGCUUCAGCAGAUGAAUUUGCUGAUAUGAUAGAAGAGAGUGCUGGUUCUGGAUGGGACACGCUGGGAUCCAGUGCUUUAUCCAACCAGGACAAAUCCAGUGCUAAACAGCUGAAAUGGGAAAUGGAACGUGAUAGUUGGAUUAAAGGGAAGAAUAAAAACUUGAGAAACAAGAAACAGAGAGGCAAAGGAAAACAAUCAUUUAAACAAGGACAGAAAAAUGUCAAAAAGAAGAGAUGAAAAUGCUUUCCUGUUUAUUAAAGCAAUAAAUAUUUUUAAUGAAAACUCA